CUUAAAAGACGAUUGUAAAAGAUUGAUCAAAGCUUUUCUGAUUGAUACUUGAAAGAGAAUACAACUUGCUCCUUAUAUACGGAGACUUCAACUACUGGAAACACAAAACAACUAACUCCAAAGAAAUAGCAAAACACAACUGAACACAACCCAUGACUCGUUCUAGUCCACGACUCACGACUCUGCUCCUACAAACUCGGUUUGAAUUAUUCUUGCUUUGACCACUUCAAACCCAACAGUUUCUGUAUGUAAAAAAACACUCCAUCUUCAUUACUCUCGUCUUCUCUGUUAAGUGAAUUAUUCGGUUAUUUCUCCGUGAGAGGAGCUCUUGAAUCUGCAAAACAGGGACACGACGACUCUUGAAGAUCAUAUAGACGCCAAUCUAAUCCCAUUGAGCAAUGAAAAAAGGAAAACCUAAAAGGUUUCACAUAAUUCAAAAUCAUCAAAAAAAAAAAAAAAAAAAAUCAAAAUCAUCAUAGCAAUUAAUAUCUCAAGCGAUUCUCUGUACAAUUUCACUUUCCUUGGGUCUUCUCUCGGCGAAUCUCAACAUCAGUCGAAUGGUCAGAAUCCCGAUUAUUGUAGGACAUCGGAGCAUCAGAUGAGUCCUCGAGACAGAUCGAUGAUGAGCGACAAGGUAAGGACUGAACAGAUGGACUUUGGACAUGAUCCGUAGAGAACGAGAGAGGCUCAAAGCGGUUUAUGAAGAGGCGCCCGGAGAUCCUAUCCGACGCCGAUAACUGAGUGGUGAAAUCGUGUCCGGAGAGAACAUUGAUCGAUUCAAACAACGCGGGAACGGUGGUCGUCUUCGACAGAGGUCUACUCCGAUUAGGUCCCCGAGAGGUUUGGUUGUGACGAAAAAAAUGAAUCUUUUUAUGGAGUGAUACGAUGAUGAAGAAAAAAGGAAAUUUGUUUAUCUAACGGCUACAAAAAAAAUAUAUAUAUAUAAAACCAUUAUUUUAAUUGACUCCAAGCUAAAGAGGCCCAGAUGGGCCAAAUCAACAAGUUGUGCUAAGAUCCGGUACAAUAAGCGUUUGUUGUGUUGGGCUGCUUCUUUGUCUCGGUGGUGAUGACUCUAAUGUAUGUACGUAUUAUUGCUUUUGUUGUUGGAUUUGUCAUUAUUACUUCAAUAUACAGAGAAUUAUGAUGCAGUGAAAUUUAUAUAGUACAUGUAAAAAAGUAGUAAUCUCUCUAGUGGUGGCAAAUUAAAUUCUAGAUAGGCCUGACCGUCCUGGCGGAUACAUUUAAUUUGAUUCCUUCAAAACAUUUUUUAGUGGGAAGUUAAUGACCAACUGUCAUUGACUUCUUUACUUAUCUUAUCACAUGAGUCCACUGCGUGUUUGUUUCACUGUUUUAUAAAAUAACCUCGCCGGAAACGUUUUGUAAUCAUUUGUUCAAAACGAAUAUAGUAUUUUAUAUCGAAACAAAUUUAUAGAUGAUCCUUCCUUACGCGUAAGAGUAGGAUUUUUCUUUUGAUUUCAUUUAAAAUUUUAAUGAUACUAAAUUAAAGUUCCAAUAGGAUUUUAUGUUCCGAAAUGUUUUGCUUCCACCACGUGGCUUCUAGAUUAUACAUACAAAGUAUCUAACUAUAAACUGAAAUUAUGAUUAUACAUACAAAGUAUCUAACUAUAAACUGAAAUAACUCUUUUUUUUUUUUUUUAAUUACUAUUUUAUCUUACAUUGACAGAUGUAUUUACAGAUAAGUUUACAUAUGCAAAUUUACAUAAUAUCAUUCAAAUUCUAUACUAUAAAAGUGAUGAUUACUUUUUAUGUAGUAACCAUAGUUUCAAAAAUUGUAAAUGAAUUUUAUUUUCUGCUAGAGUUAUGAAUUCUUUAUUUGAACUUGGUACAUUCUUUUUUUUUUUAAAUAAUCAUUUGUAAAAAACAAUCGAAACUAAAAAGUCCGGAGACAGCAUCAUAUGUAAGGGAGACGUGCCAAUUAAAGAAGAAAAGAAACGUGACAAUAAUUUACAACUUAUAAAAUAUCACAUCACGUUUCGUUGCGUCCUCUGUUUUCUUCUUCCCAAUUCCAUAUUCUUCUUCUUCUUCGACUUUGUGUUAGUUAUUGAGACAGAGACAGAUAAGCAGAUGAAGCAAAACGAGGCAUUCGAUCAAGAAAGGGAAGAUUUGUAUCAGACAGAUGAAGAAGAAGACGAAGAAAGCCAAACCGGGAGCUCUGUUCCGUCAACACCGUUAUCUCGUAACGGCUCCAAUAACCCUUCCUUUCCGUGGCCUCGAAGUUACCGACAAUCUAUGGAUAUGUUGACUGGAGUUACACCUCCGCCCAGUACAAGUUUUGUCUCUUCGUUUCGCCAGAGACGACCAAACUCUGUCUUCGAUUCGUUUACUUCUUCACCGAGCAAACAACAGCUUCUCGUCGAGAAAGAUGAGAUCCAACACUCUUUUGUCCCAUCCAUCAAAUCAUUUCUCGCUUCUCAUCUCCAGUUAUCAGUCCCGGGAGAUCUGUUACCUCCCCAAGAAACCGGCAGUUGCACAUUCUCUCAAUCCGUUCUCAACGGAAUCAAUGUUCUAUGUGGAGUAGCUUUACUUACAAUGCCUUACGCGGUGAAAGAAGGAGGAUGGUUAGGGCUUUUCAUACUCUUCUCCUUUGGCGUUAUCACUUUCUACACAGGUAUUCUCCUCAAGAGAUGUCUUGAGAAUUCGCCAGGGAUCCACACUUACCCGGACAUUGGUCAAGCUGCAUUUGGCAUCACUGGACGCAUCAUCGUCUCUAUACUUCUCUAUGUGGAGUUAUACGCAUCUUGUGUGGAAUACAUAAUCAUGAUGAGUGAUAACUUGUCAGGGAUGUUCCCAAACACCUCUUUAUACAUCACCGGAUUAUCCCUAGACUCUCAUCAAAUUUUCGCCAUUACUACGACUCUUGUUGUUCUUCCGACUGUUUGGCUCAAAGAUCUCAGCUUAUUGUCCUAUCUCUCAGCCGGAGGUGUCGUCUCUUCAAUCUUGCUUGCGCUUUGCCUCUUUUGGGCUGGAUCAGUCGACGGGGUUGGAUUUCACCUCAGCGGUAAAGCUCUUGAUUUAACUAAUAUACCAGUCGCAAUCGGAAUUUACGGGUUUGGUUUUGGGAGUCACUCUGUUUUCCCCAACAUUUAUUCAUCCAUGAAAGAACCUUCCAAGUUUCCUAUGGUGCUUCUCAUCAGUUUUGGGUUUUGCACUCUAUUUUACAUCGCCGUAGCAGUUUGUGGAUACACGAUGUUUGGUGACGCAAUUCAAUCUCAAUUUACAUUGAACAUGCCUCAGCAAUUCACCUCAUCUAAAAUCGCAGUCUGGACGGCGGUCGUUACACCAAUGACGAAAUACGCUUUAACAAUCACUCCAGUCAUGCUAGGCCUAGAAGAACUAAUACCGUCUUCGUCAAGAAAGCUGAGAUCCAAAGGUUUCUCUAUUCUGUUUAGAACCAUCGUAGUUCUCUCUACUUUGGUCGUCGCACUCACAGUUCCAUUCUUCGCUACUGUGGCGGCUCUGAUUGGAUCUUUCAUCGCAAUGCUUAUCGCGUUAAUAUUCCCAUGUCUCUGUUAUAUCAGCGUUAUGAAGGGUAGAUUAACCAACUUUCAAAUGGGAGUUUGUAUAUUGAUCAUCAUCAUCGGCGUUGUGAGCGGUUGCUGCGGGACUUACUCUGCUAUUGCGAGAUUAAUCGACGAGAUGACCUGAUUGGUUUUUGUUUGCGGAAUAAUAAACCGGAUGCGAUGCAUUUGAUUAGAAGAAAUCUGGUUUUGAUAAAGCAAAAUAGUACUAUUUUCUUAAUAAUUAAACCAAAAUUUUUAUUUGGAUUACAGUUUAUUGUAUUUUAAUCAUAUAUCAUAUAUAGAUAUGAAUCUGGGCUAGGGAAAUCGGUUUUUGAUAAAAAAAAAAUAUUAUUUUCUUAAAAGUUAAAUUAAAAUUUUGUUUGGUAAUACAGUUUAUUGUAUUUUUUUAUUCAUCUUUGAAUUUUACUAUCAACAUGACUGAGUGGUGUUUCUAGACAAAAUAUGUUAAAUAUGUC